CCACUUCUAAAUUUGCAUAAAUUUCAAAACAAGCUGGCUUGUUGGCAUAGCAACCAGGAGGCCGCAAACAUUCGGAGGGAGAAGUUACAGGUGCAAAGAUGUAUAAAGUCGACAUCCAGCCAGAUAUAAAAGAGGCAGCUGCCAUUGAAGCCCGCAGGAACCGGGAGAAGCAAAGACAGAGCCGCAUCUUUAAUGCUCGCUACCGCACGAUGGGGGUGGAUGUGGAAGGUUUGAAGGCCCAGGUGGAAGAGCGAAAACUCAGAGAAAUUGCAGAGAAACGACGUGAUGAAGCUUUCGAUGCAGAUCGGGUGCAGUGUGACAAGAUUGCACAAAUGCUGGAAGAGGAGGAGCAGCAACGGAAAAAGCAGCUUCACCAGGCUCUCUUGGAUUUUCACCAGCGGGAGCAGCAGCCCUCCAUGCGCCGGGAGUGGGACAUCCAUGACCCGGAGGCGGCACGCAAAGACCACCCAGCCCGUGUGAGUGACGAUGACCCUCGCUGUGGUCCUUCUAGCAUGCAGCGCUUUGCUGGCGAGGACCUGAAUGCGCAAGCUCGGCAAAAACUUCUCAAGGAGCAGAACAAACGCAUCCUGGAGCAGCAGAGAAGUGAACGGGAGAAGGACCUUGCUGACCGUAAAUAUGCUGACAGCCUGGAAGACAAAAAGAGGAUAGAGCUGGACCUACGAGCCCUGGAACUGGCACGUUUGGAGGACGAGUGUCGCAAGGCCAAAGCCAUGGCAAUAGCUGACUUUAAUCGAGCCCAGGCUGCAGAGGUUGCUGAGCAGCAGCGUCUGGCCCAGCAGCGUGAGCAGGACAAUAACUAUGCAGAAAUCCACAACCACCUGACGGGUGACCUCCUGACAGAAAACCCUGACGUCGCCAAAAGCCUUGUGGGUCCACACCGUGUGAUCACGGACCGCUGGAAGGGGAUGACUUCUGCAGAAGUGGAGGCUGUGCGGAAAACACAGGAGGAGCAGUGUAAGGAGAAGCAGAGGCUGCGGGAAGAAGAGCAGCAUUUGGAGGCUGAAUGGGACCGGCAGCGGGAGUUGGCUGGCCGUGCUGCCAUGGAGAUGGAGCAGCAGGAGCAGAAUUUUCGCCAGCAGCUGAGGAAGAGCCUGGAUGCCUACAACCAGGAUCUGGCGGAUGCCCAGAAGUCAAAUUUGCAGUAUAUGGAGAAAGAGGUCUACUCCAAUGCACCCACAGCCCAGUACCACUUGCAGUUUAACACUAGCAGCCGCUGACUGAAGCAUGACAAACCCAGUUCCAAAGCUGGCUGGAAUGAAGGCUUUGUGUUCAGUAAAGUAUUUUUUUGUGCCGUAUUUACAAAGGGAGUCAUCUGCUGGCUGUAAUGUAGAAUUACAAGGACAAAGCAACUGAUGUUUGCUAGACCACAGUUUCCAUUUAGAGCAGUUUCCAUGAUAUUGCAUGAAGACCACUCCACAAUUGCUCCUCGUGGAUGUCUAUACCAGUGUAAAAUGUUGCCCAACCACAUGGCAAGCUACUUUGCAUAAAUGUCUUACCAUAUGAUUGUUAAGUGA